UGUUAACACCGAUGUCAUAAGAUCAAAAAACCAUUCUCUUUUAUUCUUGUAUGCUCCCAAACUAAAAGUCAUCAAUUGUUAAGUUUGGCUGCCCAAAAACAGUCUAUUCCCCAAUCCAACAAUAAGGCGCAGACUCUCUCUCUCUCUCAUGGAAAAACACAGCAACACCAUCAUGGCCCCUUCAUCUCCGACACCAACAACGUUUGUUCAAGCAGACACUACCACCUUCAGAGAUGUAGUCCAAAAGCUAACCGGAGCAUCCGGUGGCUCCCAAGACAAACUCCCGGUAACUCAUCCUGCAAGGCUCUCUACCAAACCCCUUGAACCCACAGGCAUUCGCCGGUCAACCUUCAAGCUCCAAGAACGUCGGCAGCACACCAUGCGAAAACUUGAAAUCAAACUCGGUCUCUUUUCACCGGUACAGAGCCCUGUGACCCCACUCGGGACCCAGUCCUCGCCGGAGGAGGAGGAGGAGGAGAGGGCUAUUGGGGCAAAAGGGUUUUACAUGCAUCCGUCGCCACGGAAAGCACAGCCGCCCGAGCUAUUGACUUUGUUUCCGUUGACUUCGCCCAGACACUAG